AGAGAUUCAACAUCUUCCACAUGAACAGCAGACGUAAAUCAGAUUCAAAUGCUUCAUGUCACAACGAAGCAGCUGAGGAGGACGAAGUGUGCACAGGUUUUCUAAUAAAGUCCCCUCCACCUAGACAGAUAAAAAAUAUGAAAUCAUGGAAGAAACGCUUCUUUGUGCUUUCAAAUACAAAUGACAACUGCCAUGAGCUGAAAUACUACAAAACCACUAAGAGAGGCAAACCUAUAAAAUCUAUACAAGCUUCCACCAUCAAAAUGCUGCAAGUGCAUCCUCAAGAAAAUCCAGCUCUUGAUUGGAUCUGUAAAGCCUUCAAGUGCUCUCCGGACACUGUGCUCUCCAUGGAAGCAGAAAAUCCAGGAGACAAGGUCCCAAGAGAAUUUUUCUUCAUUGGCGACAGCAGAAAGGAUGUGGAUAGCUGGUACAAAGCUUUAUCCAGGGCUACGAAGAAUAACAGAAUUGAGCAACAAACUGAACCUCAGAGCACAACAGAAUCCAACUCAAAUGACCAAAGUCCCUCUGACACAAAAGAGAAUGAAGUUGAUAGAAAACCCCCACUGCCUCCAAAGAAGAGGCCAACAUCUGAACAUGUCCCCACCCAGAACAGUCAGUGUAGCCAAUCUCCCAGAAGCAGCCGAUCUCCAACACCGGUUGAUGAAAAUCUGCAAGAAGAGGAACCACUGGAUGAGAAAGUGGAAAGUAAUGAGGACAAGUCGUCAGGGGAAAGCGUGACUGAAAACGGUCUGUUGGACUGUGUCACAAAAGCAAUCAAUGAUGUGAAGACACUACAAACAUCCACUGAGUCAGAUGGACAAAGGUAA